AUCGCAAGAUUAUUUGGAGGGCAAUGACAUUGUCAAUGGGGCCUUUGGAUCGAUCGCUUCUCUCGCGUCCCGUUUAUCAUCCUCGUCCAGCAGGAGCUCUCUCGCGCUGCCAAUGCCUCGGGGUUAAGGCGGCCUCCACACAGCACUCUCGGAGAUCGCCUAGGCCACAAAAUGUUCCAGGAAAUCUCUAUGUGGACCAUACUUGCAUCGACUGUGAUACUUGCCGAUGGAUGGCUCCAAGUGUUUUCAAGCGUGUCGACGAAUUAUCUGCGGUACACCAUCAACCCUCGUCCUCCGACGAAAGACUUGCUGCUUUGCAGGCCUUGUUAUCGUGCCCGACAGCAUCGAUUCACACCGAGAAGCCGCAAGCGGACAUAAAAAAGAUACAGGCCACCUUUCCACUCGCAAUCGACGAGCAAACAGCGCCAGGAGUGUAUCACUGUGGAUUUCACUCGGAGAAGUCAUUCGGUGCUGCCUCAUACUUUCUCACACGACCAGAAGGCAACAUUCUCAUUGACAGCCCAAGGUUCACGGAAGUUCUUGCGAAGAAACUGGAGCUCAUGGGAGGAGUUCGUUAUAUGUUUCUCACGCACAAGGAUGACAUUGCUGACCACAAGAAAUGGCAACAACGGUUUCAGUGCGAGCGCAUCCUCCAUUCCGACGACAUACAAGAACACACUCUAGACGUGGAGAUCAAGCUUCAGGGCACUGGACCAUGGGAUUUCAUUGGGUCGGAUGUGGAUCUCAUCCACACUCCAGGUCACACAGAGGGAUGUGUGUCCCUUCUUUGCAAACCAAAGCGAACAUUGUUCCCAGGAGAUCAUCUUUUCGCAGACGAGGGCGGCAAAGACGUCUUGAUCUCUCAUAAAUACUUGUUUUACUCUCUUGAGCGACAGGUUGAGAGUCUGCGGCUUCUCAUUCCUCUUGACUUCAUAUGGGUUUUGCCAGGUCAUGGGAGACGAAUCAAAUUUAAAAAUGUGGAAGACAAAAAUGCAGCCCUUGAGUCCCUUGUAGCUAAGGAGGAAAAACUUCUAGGCUAAUUAGUUUUGAAAGAUUUGUGUAAAUCUUUUAGUUUUAUAAUAGAAUAUAAAUGUAUAGCAAACCAUACUCA